AUGGUGGGAUGCAGGAGGAAGAGGAUGAAUGUGCUGCCACGGGCGUGUGCCAGGCUGCUCCUCCUGUCCCUGCUCUGCACAACCAGUGUCUGCCAAUGGAGCAAAAACAACCGCUGUGUGCUGUCCCGGGCAAAGAGCUGCACCGAGUGCAUCCGGGUGGACAAGGACUGCUCCUUCUGCACUGAUGAGAGCUUCGAGGAGCCGCGCUGUGACCUGCGGGAGAACCUGCUGCGCUCCGGCUGCGGGGAGGGCAGCAUCGUGUACACCCAGGGAGAGAUGAGGACAUUGAAGAAUUCCAGCAUCAACAUGUCCCUGCAGAGGACCCAGGUGUCCCCCCAGGCCAUGUACAUGCGGCUGCGGGCUGGCGAGGAGAUGAGCUUCUACAUGGAUGUCUUCCAGCCCAAGGAGAGCCCUGUGGAUCUCUACAUCCUCAUGGACUUCUCCUACUCCAUGUCUGAUGAUCUGGACAACCUCAAAAGCAUGGGGCAUAACCUAGCGGACUUCCUGCAAGCCCUGACUUCCAAUUACACCAUUGGAUUUGGCAAGUUUGUGGACAAAGUCUCAUCCCCUCAGACAGACAUGAGACCUGAAAAGCUGCGUGAGCCCUGGCACAACGCCGACUCCCCAUUCUCCUUCAAGAACGUCAUCCGCCUGACCAGCAACAUCAACCACUUCAGCCAGGAGCUGCGCAAGGAGCGCAUCUCCGGCAACCUGGACGCCCCCGAGGGCGGCUUCGAUGCCAUCCUGCAGACAGCUGUGUGCAAGGAUAAGAUUGGCUGGAGAAAGGACAGCACUCACCUGCUCGUGUUCUCCACCGAGUCUGCCUUUCACUAUGAAGCUGAUGGUACCAACGUCCUGGCAGGGAUCCUGGCGAGGAACGACGAGCAGUGCCACCUGGACAGCCACGGCACCUACGUGUACGACACCAAGCAGGACUAUCCUUCAGUGCCCACCCUCGUGCGCCUCCUGGGCCAGCACAACAUCAUCCCCAUCUUCGCUGUCACCAACCACUCCUACAGCUACUAUGAGAAGCUGCACAAGUAUUUCCCCAUCUCUGAGAUCGGGGUGCUCCAGGAAGACUCUUCCAACAUUGUGGAGUUGCUCCGCACAGCCUUUGAGCGCAUCCGCUCCAAGAUGGACAUCCGGGCUGACUUCACCCCCAGAGCCCUGAAGACAGAGUUCACCUCCCCAGAAUUUGAAAAGACAGAAUCGGGCUCCUUCCACAUCACCCGUGGAAAAGUGAGCAAGUUCCACAUGCACGUGAAGGCUCUGGAGUACGUUGGAGGGCAGCACGUGUGCAGCCUCCCCGAGAGGGACCGGCACGGAGUCAUCCACGUGAAACCCACGUCCCUGAGCGACAGCCUCACGGUGUCAACUGCUGUGGUCUGCGACGUGUGUCCCUGUGAACAGCAACAAGAGUUGGACUCGCCCAAGUGUAGCUUCCACGGGAACUUUGUGUGCGGACAGUGCAUCUGCCACCCGGGCUGGCGAGGGGACACCUGCGACUGCUCCCCAGCGUCCUCCCCCAGCAACGAGGGCUGCGUCCGGCCCGGGGACGCGGAGCCGUGCUCGGGGAGGGGCGAGUGCCUGUGCGGCAAGUGCCAGUGCUACUCCGAGGGACAGAGCCUGCGCUUCGACGGCGCCUUCUGCGAGUUCGAUGUCCUGCAGUGCCCGCGCACCUCCGGCUUCCUCUGCAACGAUCGUGGCCGCUGCUCCAGGGGCGCCUGCGUGUGCGAGAGCGGCUGGGAGGGCCCGGGCUGUGAAUGCCCCACCAGCAACGACACCUGCAUCGACAGCCGGGGGGGCAUCUGCAAUAACCACGGCAGGUGUGAGUGUGGCAGAUGCAUCUGUGACAUGGCUUCGCUGUACACCAGCUCCACCUGUGAAAUCAGCUACUCCCUGGGCUUCCAGGCUGUGUGUGAGAGCAUCCGGGACUGCGUCCGCUGCCAGACCUGGGGGACAGGCAACCUGAAAGGGAACUGCAGCUCCUGCCACCUCCAGAUCCAGAUGGUGGAGGAGCUGAAGAAAGAGGAGGCUGGUGAGUACUGCUCCUUCCAGGAUGAGGAUGAUGACUGCACCUACCACUACACGCUGGAGGGAGACCCCAGUGUCCUCCCCAACACCACUGUCCGUGUGCAGAAGAAUAAAGAGUGUCCACCUGCGAGCUUCCUCUGGCUCAUCCCACUGCUCAUCUUCCUCAUCCUGCUCCUGGGGCUGCUGCUCCUGCUCUGCUGGAAGUUCUGUGCCUGCUGCAAGGCUUGCCUGGCCCUGCUUCCCUGCUGUGCACGAGGUCGCACGGUUGGCUUCAAGGAGGACCACUACAUGCUGCGGCACAGCCUCAUGUCCUCCGAGCACCUGGACACGCCCCUGGUGCGCAGCGGCUCCCUCCAGGGCCGGGACACGGUGCGCUGGAGGAUCCACAACAAUGUCCACAGGCAGGGCAGCGCCUCCCCCGCUGCCACCAGCCCCAAGGAGCUCGUUCCCUACGGGCUGUCCCUGAGGCUGGCCCGGCUUUUCACGCAGAACCUGAUGAAACCGGACACGCGGGAGUUCGAGCAGCUGCGCAAGGAAGUGGAGGAGAACCUGAAUGAGGUCUUCAAGCACAUUCCUGGCUGCCACAAGGUCCAGCAGACCAAGUUCAGGUUACAGCCUAAUUCUGGGAAAAGGCAGGAUCACACCAUUGUGGAUACAGUGCUCACUGCCCCUUACUCAGCCAAGCCAGACAUCAUCAAAGCUGUGGAAAAACACGUUUCCCACGAGGCCUUCAAUGACCUGAAGGUUGCACCGGGUUAUUACACUGUGACCUCAGACCAAGAUGCUCAGGGAAUGGUGGAGUUCCAAGAGGCCGUGGAGCUGGUGGACGUCCGUGUCCCACUCUUCAUCAGGGACGAUGAUGAUGAUGAGAAGCAGCUGCAGGUGGAGGCCAUCGAGGUCCCCAACGGCAUCGCAAAGAUUGGGCGCAGGGUUGUUAACAUCACCAUCAUCAAGGAGCAAGCCAGCAGCCUCAUCACGUUCCUGCAGCCAGCCUAUUCCCACAGCCGCUUUGACAAGCUGGCCAAGAUCCCUGUCCUCAGGGAGAUCAUCGACAACGGGAAAUCCCAGGUCACCUACAGGACCCGGGAUCUCACUGCCAAGAACGGCAGGGACUACCUCUUCACGGAAGGUGAGCUGGUCUUCCAGCCUGGGGAGACCCGAAAGGAGGUGCAGGUGCCCUUGCUGGAGCUGACAGAGAUAGACACCCUCCUCAACAACUGCCAGCUCAAGCAAUUUGCUAUCGACCUCCUGCACCCCAAGUACGGCGCCAAGAUUGGUCGCUACCCCCAGACCACGGUGACCAUUGCUGACCCAGAGCUGGUGGAUGGUGUCCCCUCGAUGACUGGCUUGGCCCAGGUCCCCCAGUCCCCCAAAGGCCGCCUGAGUGCACCACUUAAUCCUGAUGCCCGUGCCCUCAGCUCCAGGGAAAUCAGCUUCAACUGGUUUCCUCCACCAGGAAAACCCCUGGGGUACAAGGUGAAAUACUGGAUGCAGGGAGACCCUGAGUCAGAAGCCCAUCUCAUUGAUGUCAAAACCCCAUCAGCAGAGCUGACCAACCUUUACCCCUUCUCUGACUAUGAGAUGCAAGUCUGUGCCUACAACGCCGUGGGAGAAGGGACUUACUCAGACAUCAUCCGCUGCCGCACGCUGGAGGAGGUGCCCAGCGAGCCUGGGCGCUUGGCUUUCAAUGUCGUGUCUUCCACCGUGACCCAGCUGAGCUGGGGUGAGCCUGCAGAGACCAACGGGGUGAUCACCGCCUAUGAAGUCAGCUAUGGCCUUGUCAAUGAGGAUAAUGUGCCCAUUGGGCCCCUGAAGAAGGUGCUGGUUGAAGAGCCCAAGAAGCGCGUGGUGCUGAUCGAGAACCUGCGCGAGUCGCAGCCCUACCGCUACAUGGUGAAGGCCAGGAACGGCGCGGGCUGGGGGCCCCAGAGAGAAGCCACCAUCAACCUCGCCACGCAGCCCAAGCGCCCCAUGUCCAUCCCCAUCAUCCCUGAUGUCCCCAUCAUUGAUGCAGAGGGAGGUGAGGACUAUGACAGCUACCUGAUGUACAGCACGGACGUGCUCCGCUCUCCAGCUGGCAGCAAGAGGCCCAGUGUCUCUGAUGAUUCAGGCUCCAGGUGGAAAUUUGUGCCAUUGCUGGGGGAAGACCUGGACCUUCGCCGCAUCACCUGGAGGCUCCCACCCGAAACCAUUCCCCGCCUCUCUGGCAGCAGCCGCCUCUCCUCGGACACCGAGGGGCUCCUCCAGGAGGAGGACAGCGCCGUGGCUCCUGGCACUGCGAGGAGGAGCGCGACGCCCCGGCCCCAAGCAGAGCACUUGAUGAAUGGCCGGGUGGACUUCUCCUUCCCUGGCAGUGGCAGUGGCACCCUGACCAGGACAGCCAACACCAGCUACCACCAGCUGAGCUCCCACAUGCACCAGGAGCACAGGGUGAUGGGCAGCUCCUCGCUGACAAGAGACUACUCCACAAUGCAGAUGGGGCAUGAUUACCCAGGGACACUCCUCCCUCCCAUCCAUGAAGAUGCUGGGAGGACACUCCGGCCCCGGGACGUGGGUUUCAGGAGCAGGGCAAAGGUGAAGGGUUACUACCCCAGCAUUGGCUGUCGGGACUCUAUAAUCAUGACUGAUGGGUCCACAGGGAUGUGCAAGUUCAUAGACUCCAGGAAGCCCCUGGGCAUCCCUGACACCCCCACCCGCCUGGUGUUCUCUGCCCUGGGCCCCACGUCGCUGAAGGUGAGCUGGCAGGAGCCGCGCUGCGACAAGGAGGUGCAGGGCUACAGCGUGCAGUACCAGCUCCUCAGCGGAGGAGAGGUGCACAGGAUCACCAUCCCCAACCCCAGCCAGAACUCGGUGGUGGUGGAGGACCUGCUGCCCAACCACUCCUACAUCUUCAAGGUGAAGGCGCAGAGCGAGGAGGGCUGGGGCCCCGAGAGGGAGGGAGUCAUCACCAUCGAGUCCCAGGUGGACCCGCAGAGCCCGCUCAGCCCCGUGCCAGGUACCCCCUUCACCCUGAGCACCCCCUGUGCCCCUGGACCCCUGGUUUUCACUGCCCUCAGCCCGGAUUCUCUGCACCUCAGCUGGGAGAGGCCCCGCGAGCCCAAUGGGCCCAUCCUGGGCUACAGGAUCACCUGUGAGAUGCUGCAUGGAGGAGGGGAGCCCAGGACAAUCUAUGUCGAAGGAGACAACCUGGAAACCACCCUGACUGUGCCCCACCUGAGUGAGAAUGUCCCAUACAAGUUCAAAGUGCAAGCCAACACCACCCAAGGCUUUGGGCCAGAGAGAGAAGGCCUCAUCACCAUUGAAUCUCAGGACAGAGGUGCUUUCUCCCAGUUUGGAGGACAGCAGUACAUGAGAGAAGUUUACAAAUUCCCCACUGAAUACACCACCAAAACCAGCAUCAGCCAUUCCUCUCUGGAUCCCCACUUCACAGACGGGAUGCUGGUGACCACCCAGCACGUGGAGAGCUCCAGCAGCACCCUGACCCAGGAGUUUGUGAGCCACACGGUGAUGGCCAGCGGGACCCUGAGCCAGCAGCUGGAGAGGCAGUUCUACGAGGCCUGAGCCAGGGAGGCCGAGCACCAGCAGGACUUCUGGGAUCAGUGCCAGCAUUUUAUGGAACAACCCAAAGGUGCUUCACCCAGGUGGUGCCUGGGCAGCUCCUCCUGCAGGCACAGACCCUCUCAGGCACUCCAGGCUCUGCACUUCUCCUUUGGAGCCCAGCACACUCAGAGCUCUGGCACAGCUGGGUGGGUAAGCUCAUCCUCCAGGGCAGAAAUUGGGGUGUCUCCAUGGCUUCAGCCUCCCCAGGUAAAUGGAAUGAAAUGAUUUUAUUGUCAGUUCCACAGUUUUGAGAGGAUCUCAGAUGUCAAAACCAUGAUUUGUAGAGGGUCACCAUUUCCAUUUUUGCUCCAAGCUCUCUGGUGACUCACCUGUUCACUAGAGUUGUUUUGUUCAGUAUGGGGGUUUUUAUGAGAGCUGCAAGGUAGGGCUUUGGGGUAACCUGUGCUUUCUUAUUGCACCUGUUUGUGUCUGUCCUUUGCUGCUGACAUUUGGUACCACAAUAGCAAAGCCUAACCUUUCACUUGUGUUGCGUUACUUGAUGGCCUCAGAUGCUUUUUUUUUUUUGCAUACAACAUUGU